UCGAUUGCAGUGCUCGGGGUGUCGAUGUGUUGGUGUGGCGUACGAAUGAGCAUACGCUACCAGUUGGUUAUCUCCAUUCCGUAGUAUUGCUUACAAUAAUACUGGCAUCUUGCUAUUGUUGUAGUUGUUAUUAGCAUUGUACGCAGCCGUUGCUUCCGCCACUCUGCGCCUCCACCACCAAUAGCACAACAAAUACAAACAGCUUCGUCAUCGGGGUAGUCGCUGUCGGCUUGGUAGUGAGCUCAGUUACAGGCCAUUAUUUGAUUUUGUUUGUUGACGGUUGCGACAACGACAACGACAACGAUUCGAGUGCUGCUCGAUGCCAGCACCGUCGAUACGAAACGCAAAACGAGUUUGGUGAAACGAGUCCGAUAAUUUACACGCAGGCGUCGCCGCAGCAGCUACGGCAACAACGGGAGCAGCUGCCGUAUUGGCAGCAUCGGUAGCAACACAACGGUAGCAGCGGCACCACCAGUGACAGUGGCUAUCACAAACGCAGAAGCGGUGGCAGUUAAUUGGCAUUCGCCUACUUGCAAAGCAUACCUACGCGUGGACGCGCAAUAACCCCGUCGCCAAAGUAGCACCGAUCGGUUCGGAGUGCAGUGAAUAAACCGCGGUCGCAUCAAUGUCCUAUCCGGUUCCGAUUGCCUGCUAGAUCUUACACUUAGCCGUGGAUUAAUUCGCAGGCCAUACGCCACGUCAAAACGGUUCAGAAAAUAGCUUCAGCCUACAAGCCGAACUGGCGGAGCAGUACUGUGAAAUUGGGUGUGAAUUCGUACGAUCGAACAGCAAAAGUGUUGAAAAUUAUUUCAAAUUAUUUAAAAUGUAAAAACGAAUUUUUAUGCGAGUUUCAAAUGUGUUGUGAAUUGAGUUAAACAAAUGGAGAUUGUCUAAAUAUUCGAAAUAUUAUUUAAAUUCACAGCUAAAAGUGUCCAUGAGAAAUGAAGUGUGGUGUCCUUUCAUCAGCUGGAAAUCGACACAAUCGAUCCAAUUGAUUUUUUAUUGUGAUUAAUAAACUGAAUGCAAAUUUGUAAAGUUCGUGUGCUGUAAUUGACACAUGUAUGUGUGUAUUUUAUAUUUAACUUCAAAUCGGUGUGAGAAGUUCGAGAGCAUAGCGGAUUUGUAGUUAUUGUUAUAGCUUUUGUUACUCUUACCGCCGCUAAAAAUUGCAAAACAUUCGUGGCCUGGAAUAGUAUGCGAAUUUGUUCACAGUGGAUUCAACGAAUAAAAUGGCCGUUGGACCGACGGAGGGCAAGCAACCUCCCUCAGAGACAUUCUCGCCCACACACCAGAUUAUAGCACCGAGUCCGAUCUUGGCAGUGCCAACGCUCGCCUUCUCCGCCGCACAAGUGGAAAUUGUCUGCAAAACGCUGGAGGACUCGGGGGACAUAGAGCGUUUGGCGCGCUUCCUCUGGAGUCUACCGGUGGCCUUGCCGAAUAUGCAUGAAAUAUUGAAUUGUGAAGCCGUACUCAGGGCGCGAGCGGUUGUUGCUUAUCACGUCGGAAAUUUCAGGGAGCUUUAUGCAAUAAUAGAAAAUCAUAAAUUUACAAAAGCCUCUUAUGGCAAAUUACAAGCAAUGUGGCUCGAAGCCCACUACAUUGAAGCGGAAAAAUUGCGCGGUCGAUCACUAGGUCCUGUGGAUAAAUACCGAGUGCGAAAGAAGUUCCCUCUACCACCCACGAUCUGGGAUGGUGAACAAAAGACACAUUGCUUUAAGGAGCGAACGCGAAGUUUGCUGCGUGAGUGGUACCUUCAGGAUCCGUAUCCGAAUCCGACAAAAAAGCGUGAAUUGGCGAAAGCAACCGGCCUCAAUCCAACUCAAGUGGGGAACUGGUUCAAAAACCGGAGGCAGAGGGAUCGAGCUGCUGCUGCCAAAAAUAGAAUACAACAUAAUCAAAAUAAUUCUGGACUCAUUUGCCGUAGUCGCCGGCCGGAUGGAGCACCAUCCCCGAUAGCAUCAGAUACAUCGGACUCAGAUAUUUCACUGGGCACCCAUUCACCUGUUCCUAGUAGUAUUCAGCUACAGCAUAGUCCUGGCUCCACAUCGAACGGUGCCAACGAUCGCGAAGAGAGUCUCAGUGUCGAUGAUGACAAACCGCGCGACUUGGCCACCUCCAUUGCGGCUAGUAAUUUGGUAGCAGCAUCCACAUACGCCACAGCCACACCAUUAUCCACCUGCUUGCCACCAUUCAAAUUGGAUACAGCGACCAGUCUCUUCAAUGCCGGUUGUUAUUUACAAAGUUUUAGUAACCUCAAAGAAAUGUCUCAGCAAUUCCCCAUUCAACCGAUCGUCAUUAGACCACAACCACAAUUGCCGGCGCAGGCGCAUGGCUUGAAUGGCAGUCACCUGCACGCCGCCAUAAACUAUCCGCCACCAGGAUAUGCGGUGGAUUGCACACCUCCGAAAAUACGUGUCAAUUCUCCAGAAAAACUCAACUCGACAGCCAACAGCAUAGCGGCUACCUUAAGUACCGUUGCGGCGUUGCAGGACACCUCGGCAUAUCAGCACCAUCAUCACAGCGCCCAGCUCUUGCAUCGACCAUUCUCCACGUCACCGGAUUUGCCGCUCAACAACCACAAUGCCGCACCGCCGGAGAUCACAUGAUACACCAGCCGUAGGCACCCAUACAAGCACUAAUACUAGGCACCACUUCAAUUAGUAGAUCUUCGCUCUCACUCUCUCUCUCUCAACAGAGCCACACAAGUUUGCAGAAUCCAAAUAAGGGUGUUAUACUGAAUGAAUCUGGCAUUUUAGAGAGCCAGUCAAAAAUUUCACAAUGAAUUAUAGUUUUCGGCGAGUGAAUAGUUUCCGCCUCUUUCAGACAUCACAGCUUAUACGAGUACACAAAAAUUUUAAUUUUUCAUAUCAAAAACUCUUGUUCGAUUCCUCCAGAUUUUGGAAUGGUUUAGACAUUGUAGGACAUUGCACUAAAGUUGAAUGUAAUAAUCUGGUUUAUAUAUCUAUGUACAAGGGUGCUCUCUGACUUUCCCUCCUCGUUAAGGUUUUAUCACUUUCAUGUUUCACAUGGCUAACGGUUUUAUAUACAGGGGAGUGGUACUUAGAUGGUUCAGUUUUCAAAAAUAAUUUUUUUAUAUAUCAAUUUAAUUUAUGGAAAAUAGCGAUAUUUUGAAUA